UAUGCAGCCCUGCCCUGUCUGCUACUAGCACUGCUGGGUCUGCUAGAGGCAGCUAGCAGUUGUCCCACUGUGUGCAUCUGCAACAGCAACGGCACAGACUGUACAGGCCUGGCUCUGCUCUCCCUAACCACCGUCCUGCCCCUGCUGCCCCAGGACACCCGCACCCUCCGCCUGCCCCACAACAACCUAUCCUCCCUGGGCGACGGGGACCUAGCCAACCUCAGCACUCUGGAGCUCCUGGACCUCUCCUAUAACCACCUCUCCAGCCUGCAACCAGGGUCUUUCUCUGGCCUCAGCGGCCUCCAGUGGCUCAACCUCUCUGGGAACUACCUGGGUGACCGCCCCCUACUUACCCCUACAGACCCCAGUAACCAGACAGAGGUUACCCAGUGUAACGGUAGUCGCUGGGGGUUGAGCCGAGAGCUGUUCCAGGGUCUGUGGAUAUUGAAAGGGCUGGACUUGUCCCUGAACGGCCUGGUAGUUUUGCCCAAGGGCCUGCUGGACGGGCUCCAGGGCCUAGCCUGGCUGUCUCUGACUGGGAACAAGCUGCGGAGCCUAGACAGAGCCACCUUCCAGCCCCUGGGCAGCCUGCUGAGCCUCCAACUGGCAGGCAACCCUUGGGAGUGUGACUGCAACCUGAGGGACUUCAAGCACUGGAUGGAGUGGCUGCUGUACAGACGUGAGUGUUAUGUUGUGUAUUGCUUCAAGGCUACAGUGUUUCAUGUACAGUCAAGUCAGUCCGGCCUUCGUUCCAUGCCAUGCACUAGUCUGAUACUGUGUCAUGUCUGUUAUUGAACUGUAAAUGAGCUUUAUUACCUAUUGAUCCUGUUAGUGAUCCACUAGAUCCCUAUGUGUGUUUCAGACGGGCGGGUGGAUGCUGUGAAAUGCAACCUACCCAAGGAGCUGAGGGGGCGGGACAUCCGCAGCAUCCCCAUAGAGAUGUUCAACUACUGCCUGCAGUUGGAGAACCAGGACAGGGUCCCUGGCUACGACGGGCCCCGAGGUGGGAGCCCACCCUGCGUCGGUCGGAUCAACGUGCCCAUGAACGGGCCCCAGGCCAACCAAGAGGACUGCGUGCGCCAGCGCUACCGGCCCAUGAGCGUGCGCAGGGCCUGGGGCACUCAGAUGGUGGCGGCGUGUGUGUGUGGCGUGGUGUGUGUGAUGAUGGUGGUGGCGGCCACCUACGGCUGUAUCUAUGCCUCUCUCAUGGCCAAGUACCAGAGGGAGCUGAAGAACAGGUGGCAGCCGCUGAUGGCCGGCGAGGGAGGGGGGGAUACAGACGUGGAGGACGGAGCCUUUCCUUCCUCCCCAACAUCGCCAGGUGAGCCAGAACCAAAGGAGUCUAGUCCCAUAGUCCACGCAUACAGAAUUACAGGCUUUUGA